UAUUGCCUUUAUUUUUUUAUUAUUAGUCUCUUAUAUUUUUUAAUGGUUUUCGAAGAAGUUGAUUUGAGCUAUUUUUUCAUCAGCUUCAUGAGUAAGCAAAUUCUAGAUCUUUUUGUUUUCUUUGUUAAAUUUUGAGUAUUGAGAUUGACACUCUUAUAAACCCUGAAAGAGAACAAUUAUUAUAUUUUUUGUUAUAAUCGGCAAGCCGGCCUUAACAAUUGCGACACUUUGGUUGUUGCAUGAACUACUUAACAAUAUUGCUGUGCAAUCGUAAACCGACGACCAUGCUCACGCGUCGGAGCAAAGAAAAAUCAAAUACGCACAAGGAGGGCGUAGUGGGUAAAUAUGUGAAAAAGGAUACACCACCUGAAAUACCGGUAAUCAACGUUUGGUCAUUUGAUGAUCAUCGAACCAAGCAAAAAUCAAAGACUUUGCAACGCUGCGCUAGUGCCUCAAAUGCUGUAGUGUUAGCACUGCCAAAAAAAUUUAUUUCACCUAGCUGCGAUGGUAUUGGAGGUAAUGCAGGCCGUGGCCGUUCUGGCAGUGUUAGUAGAAACACGUAUAUUGAUAAUCAGCCGGAUUAUUAUCACGCACGUAGAGCUAAAUCGCAAUUGCCACCAUCAAGUAGUACAAUUCGAUCGACACCACCUGCUCCGCAAACUAUUCAACCAACGCGGCGUACAAAUUUUUAUCAGCCCCCACCACCCGUAGCAUCAACACAUAAUUUGCAUACAUAUUUUUCCAAUAGUAACUUGGAUAUGUCGGGCGGGAGCAUUCAUCUAAGUAGUAAUCAUAGCAAUUAUGUGAAUAUCGAACAAAUCGACCGUAUGAGACGUCAGCAAAGUUCUCCUUUACAGCAUUCUCAGUCCACUUAUUUCCAGCGAAGCUAUUCUACCAAUCAAAAACACGGAAAUUCCUAUGAUGGGCAUGCUAACAUGCAAAGAGAUCGUCUAGAUUGUCUUCAGACGAAUUUUAUGCAAUAUCCAAGGGGAAUAUCUCGUCCCAAAACCCCACCGUCUUCAAGCCAUUAUAACAUACAGCAAACUAAUAGUUAUGCACCGGAUUCGUAUCCAAUUUACGAAAGCCCUUAUCGAGUAUCUAACACACUCGCUCCGUCUACAUUAAGAAUGGCUGAAAGUCAAGCUUCUGUCUCCACAUAUGGUAAUCGCUCCGAAUCACCUAUUUACAGUAAUACCACUUCAAUGGCCAGUAAUAAUAAUAAUAAUAACAACACUCAUAUACACUCAUAUGAUCUCGCUGCUCAGUCAAAUUCAAAAGUGCCUCAUGGUCAAACGAAUUCUUCCUCUUCCAUGCAAUCUUUGUAUCAGAAUCAUUCAUCUUCCCAUGCCAAUAAUAAUAACGGCAACAUGAAUACUAAUAAGGCCGUAGCAUCCAGUGGUCAGCUGCAUAAAGUGCCUUCUCAACAGUCACUAGAAGAGGAAUUGCCCUUGCCGCCCGGUUGGGCAACACACUACACUCUCCAUGGUCGCAAAUAUUAUGUUGAUCAUAAUGCUCAUACCACUCAUUGGUCGCAUCCCUUGGAACGGGAGGGUUUACCGGUGGGUUGGCGGCGUGUUGUUUCAAAAGUUCAUGGGACGUAUUAUGAAAAUCAAUAUACCGGCCAAUGUCAACGUCAGCAUCCAUGUUUGACCUCGUACUAUGUUUACACUACACAAGCUGAACCACCAAAAGCUAUACGGCCCGAAACCUAUACACCGCCUACACAUACACAUAAUGCCUUGGUUCCUGCCAAUCCCUACUUACUCGAAGAGAUACCAAAAUGGUUGGUGGUUUAUUCGGAAGCAGACUCUUCAAAGGAUCACAUGUUACAAUUUAAUAUGUUCAGCUUACAAGAGCUGGAGUGUUUCGAUGGCAUGCUAGUGCGUUUAUUUAAACAGGAAUUGGGCACUAUUGUUGGCUUCUACGAGCGUUACAGACGAGCUCUUAUUUUGGAAAAAAACCGACGUACUGGUACAGCUAAUGCGAAUAACAACAACAAUACAAAUCCCAAUUCCAACAAUCAUAUCAGCCAUAAGCAGCUUUAAAUUAACAACAUGAACCACCAAGUUAAAUUUGUUACGUUCUCCUAGACAAAACUAUAUACCCUCGCUUAAGCAGAUUUUUGUAAGAUUUUAUUAUUUAUUAUUAAUUUUAUUU